CGGCAGGGGGCGCGCCUGGCCGGCAGGGCCCCGGGCCCUCCCCGCGCUGCGCCCGCUCGCGGCGGGGCUGCUCUCCCGGCCGCUGCCUGCCGCCGCCGCCGCCCCGCCGGGACCCGGCCCCGGUCCGGAAGGGUGGCUUGUCCCCCUCCCUCGCCUCGAUGGGGUGAAGGGAAGGGGAGAGCGGCCGAGUCCGCCACUCUCCCAGAAUCCCUCGGCGCGGCCGCUCUGUCUCCCCGUCUCUAUGGUUGGGGCACAUGCUCCGUGCGUGGGGCCGGCGCGGUCUCCUCCCGCCUCGUCAGCAGGAGCGGGGCCUCCCGGCGGCCCCGGCAUGGCUCCCCCGACAGGUAACGUCGUGGACAGCCAGUCCCCCAGGCUAUUAGCAAAUCAGCUAAGAUGGGACCUGACUGCCGAGCAGAUAGAAAACAUGGCUGUGGAGCUCACAGAGAGGACGAAGCUGGUGUAUGACCGGGUGGGCUCCCAGGAGCAGGGAGAGGUGUCCUACGAAAAUACUCUCAAGGCGCUGGCUGAUGUGGAAGUGGAAUAUACGGUCCGUCGGAACAUGCUGGACUUCCCCCAGCACGUCUCUCCUUGCAAAGACAUCCGUGCAGCAAGCACCGAGGCUGACAAGAAGCUCUCGGAGUUCGAUGUGGAGAUGAGCAUGAGGCAGGAUGUGUACCAGCGGAUUGUCUGGCUCCAGGAGAAAUCAGAGAGUACUUCACUGAAGCCUGAAGCAAAGAGAUAUCUAGAGAGGCUGAUCAAACUGGGUAAAAGAAAUGGUCUUCAUCUCCCUGAGGAAACACAGGAGAAAAUCAAAGCUAUUAAGAAAAAGCUGAGCGUCCUUUGCAUAGACUUCAACAAGAACCUCAAUGAAGACACCACCUACUUGCCCUUCUCAAAGGAAGAACUAGGGGGGCUCCCUGAGGACUUCCUGAACUCCCUGGAAAAGACAGAGGACGGCAAGCUGAAAGUCACCUUGAAAUACCCGCAUUAUUUCCCUCUCUUGAAGAAGUGCUAUGUGCCUGAGACAAGGAGGAAGGUGGAGGAAAUGUUCAAUUCCAGGUGCAAAGAGGAGAAUUGCUUGAUCCUCAAGGAGCUGGUGGACUUGCGAGCACAGAAAGCUAGUCUCCUGGGCUUCAACACGCACGCUGAUUUUGUGCUGGAGAUGAACAUGGCUAAAAGUAGCAAAAUGGUGGCUUCUUUCUUGGAUGAGCUGGCCCAGAAGCUGAAACCCCUCGGGGAGAAGGAACGGGCUGUGAUCCUGGACCUGAAAAAGAAAGAGUGUGAGAAGCGAGGCCUAGAGUUUGACAACCGUAUCAAUGCCUGGGACAUGCGCUACUACAUGAAUCAGGUGGAGGAGACCAAGUACAGCGUGGAUCAGAACCUGCUGAAGGAGUACUUCCCCAUGCAGGUGGUCACCACGGGCCUGCUGGCUAUAUACCAGGAGCUGCUGGGGCUCACCUUCCAUCUGGAGGAGAAGGCUCAGGUCUGGCAUGAGGACGUCCAGCUUUACACGGUGAAGGACACCUCCUCUGGGGAGACCAUCGGCAAAUUCUACUUGGACCUGUACCCGCGGGAAGGGAAGUACGGGCAUGCGGCCUGCUUUGGCCUGCAGCCAGGCUGCCUGUUGCCAGACUCCAGCCGGCAAAUCUCGGUGGCUGCCAUGGUGGCCAACUUCACCAAGCCCACGCCGGAUGCGCCUUCCCUGCUGCAGCACGACGAGGUGGAGACGUACUUCCAUGAAUUUGGGCAUGUCAUGCACCAGCUGUGCUCGCAGGCAGAGUUUGCCAUGUUCAGCGGGACACACGUGGAGCGGGACUUUGUUGAGGCACCAUCCCAGAUGCUGGAGAACUGGGUGUGGGAGAAGGAGCCGCUGCUGCGCAUGUCCAGGCACUACAAAACUGGAAACCCCAUCCCUGACGAGCUGCUGGAGAAGCUCAUUAAAUCUAGGCAGGCAAACACAGGGCUGUUCAACUUGCGUCAGAUCGUCCUGGCCAAGGUGGACCAGGCGCUGCACACCCAGACGAAAGCCGACCCAGUGGAGGUGUUUGCCCGGCUGUGUGAAGAGGUGCUGGGCGUUCCUGCCACCCCAGGUACAAACAUGCCGGCUACGUUCGGCCACUUGGCUGGAGGCUACGAUGCCCAGUACUACGGCUACCUCUGGAGCGAGGUGUACUCCAUGGAUAUGUUCCACACGCGCUUCAAGCAGGAGGGGAUCAUGAACUGCAAGGUGGGCAUGGAUUACAGGAAUUGCAUCCUGCAUCCUGGCGGCUCCAUGGAUGCUUCCGACAUGUUGAGGAAGUUCCUGGGUCGCGAGCCCAAACAGGACGCCUUCCUGGCCAGCAAAGGACUGAAGGUAGAGAGCAACUCGCUGCCUUCGGCCUGCUGAGAAACUGCUCCCGCCCAUUCGAGUCAAGCCAGCUCCUUUGUCUACGCACCAGUCCUCCCAGGCCAAGCAGUACCUGGUACUUCUGUCGCCAAACGCUUCCUGGGCCAACCCCCACCCGGGCGGUUGUUCCUCCAGGAUCCUUCUCCGAGCUCACCUUGGGCUUCAGGAGCUGGGUUCAGUCCUGGUCCAGGGCUCUGCAGUGACAGCUCCGCAAAGGGAAUUGAAUUGCCUUUGUCACCGUCCCUAGAAGGGGGAUGAGGCUGUCACUAGCCCACACAAAUUAGCUGAACUUUGAACCUGAUGUCUGCACAAGGGUGAGUUUUGGCCUCGUCGUUAGGUGGGGAGGAGGGUGAGAGGAGUUACCAAGCCUGAAUCAUCGUUUUAAAAUCCCUCUUUUUAAGAAAUGAGACUUCCCACAGGGCUCGGCUUGUUUUGUGCCCCAGGGUAGAUUUACUGUUCUGACCGCAAAACAAACGGCCUGAGAAGCUGUAUUCGGAGUCGUGCUCUCCCCACCUUUGGCAGCUGGCAGCUGCGCAAUAAAGGUGGGGAGAUCCCAAAGGUUAAAAACUAUCGCGUUUACCUCUCCUAACCCGAUGUCCUUCCUUUAGCCCUGCAGAUGUUCCUGCCUGGGCAGGGCAGGGCAGGCAGCCUGGGAGGGCGCGUGUCGCCCCGGCAGGGCUGCGGAGGCAGGAGAUGGCUAGGGCAGCUCCGCCCGUGCUCCCCACAACAGCGGGCUCUGAUGACCGUGGCCCGGGCUGCUCGCAGAGGCGUCCCUGGGAGGUUGCCCCUGUGCUGGGUGUCCCUGGCUAAUGAGCUGCUGCCCACGCGAGGUCCUCACGCGUCCCGGGGCUUGGUGGCUUGGGGCUCUGCUAGCCCGGGGAGCCCUGCCGCGUGCUGUCCUGCUCAGUGCGGCUCUGCCCCGUUCUGGGUGCUCCCCUUUCCCCGGGGGUGUCCGGCGGCAGUCUCGGGGUGUCCCUGGAGCUGCUGGGACCCUCUGCCGAGGGCUGUCUAGGGCAGCUGAUGCCCGCAGGGCUCAGGUUGUGGCAGCAGAGGGUGCGUUGCUAUUGCUGUCACCUCUAAGCCAGGGUGGGACCGGGGAGGGCUGUGGAAAAAAGCGGACAGCUUCAAACAACGCAGAUGCCUGGGCUAAAAAUACCGAGCCGGCCUCGUGCCCGGGCAGGGCCCUCGGACGCAGGCUCUCGGCGCGGUGCUGGAGCCGGGGCGGCAGCCAGCCCCGUGUCCAGCCUGGCAGCGGUGCGGCACGGCCCUAAGGAGGCCUCGGAGGUGCCGGCGUGGCGUGCGGCGUGCCUCCCUCCGCUCCCCCGCGCCCCUCCGCUCCAGCGCUGUUCCUCCCGCGCCCUCGCGGCCGUGCCCACGUUCGCGGGGUGGCAGCUCCGCGGGGGCUGCCGGCCCCCGGAGGGGAGCACUGAUCCCAGAGAGCAAAGGCUGAUUUCUGGCUUUGCUCCUUUCUGUAUUUCUGUCCUUGUAACCCCAGGAGGAACCGCUGUGCAGGCUGGCCGAGGGCUUUAAUAGCAAGUGUUUGGGGCAGGUGAAGGAUGGAUGGUUCCUUGCUAGCUGUGGGGAGCUCCGAGACCCCCGUAGGCGCUGGGGACCUGCAGGUAGCCCCACCGCCUCGGGGGAUUGCUCUUGUCCCUGCAAUGGAUGCCGCUGGCGUGAGGGCAGUUCUUGUCUCCUGGUGUUCCUCCUGCCUGGAAGCCGGAGCGAUCCUCCAGCCGGGCCCCCGGGUCUCCCGCUCUUCAGGUGCUCUCAGGUGAUUUCCUUUCUGUUCCCCCCCUCCGCCUGCCUCGGAGUCGCUCUGUGCGACGCGGUUAUUCAGGGCCGUGGAAAUCGUCCCUGCGGGGCUCUUCCGCUUCUCCCGAGCGGGGUUUUGCCGGCGCCGUGAGCGAGCGGAGGGCCGGGGGCCGGGGCAGUGCAAGGCUGAGCUCACUGCACAGCGUCCCGGCGGCUCCCAGGCCUCGGGCCGGGGCUGUGCGUGAGAGCUGGCAGCUCCUCCCCGAGACCUCGCCUGCCGCCCCGCGCGCGCGGAGGCUUCCCUUCCUGGCCCUUCGUUCCCUGGGCUUCUCCUCUCGUCCCUGGCGCUUGCCUUGGAGCUGUGUCACAGCGGCUCUGGCUUCCCUCCCCUCCGAUUCCAGCUGGUUUUGCGGAGCAGCUGCUGCUGAGAGCGGUGGGAGAAAGCUCGCCUGAGUGCAGACAAAGUCAUUGCUGUGACCUCCCCCCCGGUCCCCAAUCCCCCCCGGUGACAUGGGAAGGCCAGCGACAUCCUUCCUUGCCGGUCACCCCCUGUGCUGGCGUGUGGAUGGGUCUGUAAGCAGCAGAGCAGCUCCUUGGUGCUCGUUGGGGCAAUUUUAAGCGUAUUUUCUUCCUCCCCCCUCUGUUUUAGGCAUAGGCGAGUGCCUGUCCGGGUGCCGGUGCACGGUGCUCUUGAAGUGACGCUGUGGGUGUUUGUGUCAUGUUUUACUGAGCUUUCAGGGUUUUCUUUCAGACCUCUCCUCCUCUCGAGGGAGAGAACUGAAGCCGAACGGGGAAACCGCGCGCUUUCCUCCCUUCUUUUCCCAGGCCACAAAUAACUUCGUCCCUCCCUAAAAUCGCUCGUGCUGCCGCUUGUGCUGUGAGAGGUGCUGCCGCAGGCUGCUCCCAGGCAGCGCCCAGCCGGGCUGCGACCUCCGCCGGGCGCCCGGGGCCGGUCCUGCGCCGUCCCGGCUGCGCGAUCCCGGAACCGGUCCUGCGCCGGGCUCCCCGGAGCUGCGCCGCGGCCCCCGGCUCCGGGCCCCCGUCCCAUCCCUGGCUGGGGGCAGAGAGGUCCCUUUUUACUUCUGUUAACCUUCUCUGAGGGCAAACCGGUGUGUGUGCCGUUCGUACUGGUCGCGUCCCCCCCGCUUGUUUCGAUGACUGGAUUUUAGACGGUUCCUAGCACUAAUAAAGGUUUUCCUAAGUGGA